AUGUCGCAGUCACAGUCGCAACCUGGGGUGAUCCCCUAUGGCUCCAGCAUCGUUCACUCCGCGCCCGUCGACAUGGCUCGACCCAUCAACCACGAGAACAUUAGAGGCAAAACGAUACUCAUCACGGGAGGCGCUUCAGGGUUUGGGGCAGCGUGCUUCCGCGAAUGGGCGUCUCACGGCGCCAACGUGAUCAUUGGCGACCUCAACGAGAAGGCCGGCACCGAGCUGGUCGCACAGGUUCGCCAGGCCACAGAAAACCAGAACCACCAUUUCAUCCCGCUCAACGUGACCAGCUGGCAGAGUCAAGUCGCCUUCUUCAAGCAGGCCGCCCGGCUGAGUCCGCACGGCGGGAUCGACCACGUCAUGGCCAACGCCGGGGUGGCCGAUUCAGCGGAGCAGCUUCUAUUCGAGGACCCGCCCGACUAUGGGAAGAUGGUGGACGAGCAUGUCCCGCCCAACCCAGGCCUUCGCACGCUGGACACCAACCUGAACGGCGUCAUGUACACUACACACCUGGCGAUAUCAUAUCUGUCGCAGAAUCCGGGAAGUGAGAAAUGUCACGCGGACAAGCAUUCGGGAGCACGAGAUCGACAUCUCAUCCUGGUGUCCUCGAUUGCCGGGCUGGCGGCUCUGCCGGGCCAGUCUAUCUACGCCGCGGCCAAGCACGGCGUGGUUGGGUUGUUUCGGACACUGAGGCUGACAAUCCCGCUGAAGAGAGGGAUCAGGGUGAACAUGAUCAAUCCAUAUUUCGUCGACACGCCUAUCCUGGGACCUCUGGGCGCCUUGGUCCUCGCGGGCGGCGCAAUGGCCAAGAUUGAGUCGGUGGUCGAAGCCACGACGCGGCUCGUGGCCGAUCAAGGCAUCAUCGGCCGCGCACUCAUGAUAGCCAGCAAGACCUCCGAGGAGGACGCAAGGGCAGUGGGCCUCGAGCGGGCCAUAGAAGACCAGGCAGUCUGGGAUUGUUACGCCGACGACUUUGAGCAGACGGACCUGUUUACGAGACGGAUCAUUGGGAUUACGAAUCUGGUGACGCGGACAAGAGGCUGGGCGGGCAUGUGGUCGGAUAUUGGGAGUAAUUUGUCCAGGAAACUGUGGAAGGCUCUGGGGUAUUGA